AUGUCGUCCAUGCGCAACGCCGUCCAGAGGCGCAAUCAUCGCGAACGAGGACAGCCUGAAGAACGCAAGAAAUGGGGUCUCCUCGAGAAAGCCAAAGACUACAAACUUAGAGCCGCAGACCACAAAGUCAAAAAAACAAAACUCAAGCAAUUGAAGCAAAAGGUUCUCGACGCUAAUCCCGAUGAAUUUUAUUUCGGCAUGCUGUCCCGCAGCGGGCCUGCCACCAGGGGGAAGAACCGUACAGGAACCGUGAACGGCGACCGAGGAAACCAGGUGCUGAGCCAGGAAGCAAGUCGGUUAUUCAAGACGCAGGAUAUCGGCUACAUACGCACGAUGCGGAACCAAACCACCAAAGAAGUGGCUGAGCUGGAAGAGAAAGUACAGGGGAUGGGGGGAGGGACGGGCAAGAAGGUCGUGUUUGUGGAUGAUGAGGAGGAGUUGGAGUUGAGGGUGCAAGAGGGGGAAUGGGAGGUGGAGGCUGAGGAGGAGAAAGAGCAAGGAUUGGGGUUUGGGGAGAAGGAUUUAAGGAAGUUGCAAAGGAGGGAGAGGGAGAAGCUGGAAAAUAGGUUGGGGGUUGCGAGGGAGAGAUUAAGUGUGCUGACGGAGGCGGAGGAGGCAUUGGAGAUGCAGAGGGCGAGAAUGGCGAAGAGUCCUACGGUUGGAGGGACGAAUAAAAAUGGUGUUAAGUUCAAGGUACGGGAACGGAAAAGAUAA